AUGUCAUCUGAAGAUAUUGAUGCUUCAAGUAUUAAUGAUUUUAAUCCAAAUCGUGCAUUGGGUUUUUGGCAUAUUCUUGCAACAAAUCUUAAUAUGUGGAAAGAUAAAUUAAAUCCAACAAUAACAUAUUCAAUUCAUGAUCAAUUAUCUGAUGGACGUAUUCGUUUAAAUGAUCUUGUUGAAUAUUAUACUCGACGACCAUUUGUUGGUUUUGUACCAACAAAUGUUCAAGGUAUUGAUACACAAUCAAAAUAUAAAUCAAGUCGUUUUCAAUGGCGUGGAAAUGGUUUAUUAAAAUUAUUUACAAGUGAAUUUGGUAUUAUUUUUGUUGAUAAUGAAACACCUAUUGAUCAACCUUAUCAAUGGAUAGCAACAAUGUUUAGUUCUACAUUAUUUACAGAUGCUGGAGUUGAUUUAAUGACACGUACACGUCAACCACCAACAUAUGUAUUAAAUAAUUUUGUACAAUUUUGUCAAGAACAUUCUAUAAUACGAUCAAUAUCAAGAAAUAUGUUCUAUACACGAGAAAAUAAAGAUGAUACUAUUCAUUAUAUAAAAGAUCUUCAAUUAGAUUCAUAA